AUGGAAGAAAAAUCAUCAUUUUUGCUUGACCCUGAGGAAGAAAAUAAGUCAGAUUCCCAAGUUAGCUCACUUUCGGACAAUCAUGCUAAAAUUGAGGUUGAAAAAUGAGGGAGUGCUAGUUGUAGGAAUACCUCUGAGGAUGAGAUUUCUAACCCAACAACUCCUAGGCGUAAAGGGUCUAUAGCAGAUCUGAAGUUCCACAACUUUGGUUUAGAUAUUGAUAAUUCAAAUUACCUCAAACCAGGACGGAGUAAUUAUCUCCAGAAGAAGAGAAAGUCAGUGAAUUAUGGAAGAGGCAAAGGUCUCAUAAUCCCCGAACAUCUCCCUCUCAUAGAGUCAGGACACUCUUUGAAACCUGACUUGAAGUCAGGAUGGAAACCAACAUUUGAAAAUAUGCGAAGAGAAGCAUCAAUUCCAUUGAAAUUUAAUUAUGAAGAAGUUGUUCUUCCUAGACCAAAAGGUGGAUCAGAUUACCCAAUCGUAAUCUACAGAGGGGCUCGUCCAGCAAAUUCACUCGAGUUAAACGAAUAUAUGGCUAUUAGGACGGGUACUAAAUCUCAGGAUAUUGUCGAAGCAAGCUUAAGAGAGUAUUAUAAAGAAUUCGUCAGCUGGCUUGAUGCCUCGUCAAGGAAAGAGCAACCUGAGUUUAUCGGAAUGACACCUUUCCAUGAUGAAAGAGAAAUGCUACAUUUUGACAGCAGCUUUGAAAGUGGCAAUGCAGAUAUCGUCGUGCUUAAAAGUAAAUUCGAAUACGAUAUCUAUCCAAGAUCUGAUGCUAACACUAAAGGUCAUUGAUACUGGUACUACUUCUCUGUCAAGACUCCAUGGCAUCCUGAUAAGGUUAAGAAAUAUAAAGAUUAUUCCUCUUAUAAAGAAGAUGAAGAACUGAAGAAAACUAUGAAAGUAAAAUUCAACAUUCACAGAGCUCUUGAUACAAAUGGAAUGAAAAUCUGCUACAAAAUCAAUGACGCAAAGUGGCAAAGAGGCGGUGAGAACUUCAGCACCUCACAGAAGACAAUCUCACUCUCUCACAAGGGAAAAAUUAUUGAAAAAUAAGAUAUCAGUGCUAACCUUCGAUUUUGCCUUCACUAAUUCUAUGAAGACAGUUUCAUUCGCUCCUUGUUUUCCCUACACUUACACUCAAUUAUCAGAUUUCUUGAAGGAAUGAGAUUACUACUGAUAUACGAAUAACAGGACAUAUUUUGAGAGGAGUUCUUUAUGCAGGUCCAUAGGUGGAAACUGCGUCCAUCUCAUCAAGAUCCAUGACCCAAAGGAUACUCCUUAUAAAAACGAAAACUCAAACUCAAAUGUGAAGGAUGACAACAACAUAUUCAGAGAGAAACUGGAAAAAGAGAAGAAGAUUGUUAUCAUUACAGCAAGAAUUCAUCCAGGGGAGUCCAUGAGCUCAUGGGUGAUGGAGGGAUUGAUCAAGUUCCUAGUCUUUGCAAAUUCGAGACCUAGGCAUCAAGAUUCAUGAAGCAGUAAUGGAUCUGUCAAACAAUCUAAAAUUUACACCUCGAGUGAGAUAAAGAUAGCAAGAUAUUUGAGGAAAUAAAUUUAAGUUUAUCAUAAUUCCCAUGGUGAAUCCUGAUGGAGUGAUUGCAGGAAAUUACUUGACUUCUUUCGCCGGGCAUGAUCUGAAUAAAGUAUUCCUGGUCCCUAAUAAGGAUCUCCAUCCAUCAAUCUAUGCUCUAAAAGAUCUGAUAGCUUCGAACAAAGAGAAUAUUUUUACUUAUAUUGAUAUUCAAGGUCAUUCAAAGAAGAAAUGAACCUUUUUAUAUGGGCCUGAAUUCCCACUGCAUAACCAGAAUUAUUUCAAAGUGCGCGCUUUGCCAAAAAUUUUGGAUUCUACAGAGGAACAUUUCAGGUUUCAUUCUUGAUCAUUCCAUGUGAACAAGCAUAACAAGACAACAUCAAGAGUGAUUCUAUGGAGCAAGUUUGAUAUUAUCCUUUGCUAUGUCUUUGGCGUAUCUUUCUCUGGCUACAUGAGCAAAGAUCAUAAAAUAUACCCAUUCACAAGGGAUAAAUACCUUCAAACUGGUGAAAGUCUAUGCAAAGGAUUAUUCAUCCUGGUAAAGUCACUAAUCCAACAAGAAGUCAUCCAGCAUCAUUUUAAAUAUAAAUUUACAGGAACUAAGAAGCUAAGAUAUAAUAUAUCAUCUUUCACGAAUAGGAAGAAAAGUACUAAACAGUCCAAAUCCUCAAGACCAUCAGCAAAAGCAUCUGUAAAGACUGCGGGGAAACCAUUGGUGAAAUCUCCUGGCCGACUAUCUGUAAAGCAAAAAGGGAAGCAAAAUAAAUUUCUGAGAAAGACUAUUUUCCAGAACGUUCAAAAAGCUCCUGGAACUAUAAAGAAUAAGAGCAAAGAAGGAAAAUGAGAAAAGAAGAACCCUUCAAACCAGAAGAGUUCGAAUAAUCGCAUAUCAACUAACUACCAACAGUCUGUUGUCGAAGACUCUAUUGCUUCCAAUGGCUUGCAGAGGAACUUCUCAGUCAACCUCGUAAAGGAGAAACAGCUCCCUAUUGAUGAAGAAAGCAAAAGAGUAGAGAGGAGGACCUCAGGGUUAGACAAGAUCAACCUCAAAAAGUUAACAACUUCUUCACUUCAAGCUAGUGGGAAUAAGGAAAGUGGCGAAAACUCCAGUACCUGGAACGUCAUGAUGAAGGAAUUCAAGAAGACUAUCUCUGAAGGACAAAGUUCACUCUCCUGACUUGACAACAAGAAAUUUGACACUUCUGGCACUGAUAUGCAGAAUUUAAAUUUAUCAGAAUCUGCUAGUUUUACAUCUGGAAUAAGCACUGAUGAGGAAGAGGAAUGACUGAAUAAUAUCCUAAAUGCUUUAAACCAGGCUAAUCCAUCAAUAAACAGGCCAAAAAGAUUUGACCUAAGAGGUUGGAGAAAGAUGUGCCUUGAGGAAGAAAAGAAACUGAAACUAGAAAGACUCUCUACUCUCAUCCCAGAGCCAGAAAUAAAUUUAUCUCCUGCUCCAAAGAAGAUAGCUAAGAAGCCAAAGAUGAGCUCUAAGAAUAUUCAUAAGUACCAGAAGAUCGAACUUUUCAAAGAUUUGAAAUAAUAAAAAGUUCAAAAAUUUUAGAAGAGAGAAAAAGGAAGCAAUGGCUAGUCCACAGCAAAAUCUGGAAUUUAAGGAUAUCGUUACAAAGCAAUCAUCUGUAUAUAGCCUCAGUGGGUUUGAUAAGAAAUCUGUCACUCCUGCAACUGUUGCAGAGUAUUCUGAGUAUUCCACAAAGAGUGAAAAAGGCUCCGCUGAGUCCAGUUUUGAGUUCAAGAUAAUUGGCAAGAAUCCCUCAGGAGCUCAGAUUAUGACUGCAAGAUCUCCUUAUCUUAAAAGAAUUUAUUGAAAGAAUGAAGAACCAUUGCUGCCAACUCUUAGGCCAGUUACUCCUGGUAUUGUGAACCCUCUCAGGACCAGAAAAGCAAUGGUUAAAGGUAAAUUCAUUGAUCUUGUAAAGCCAACAAAGAAAAUGAUUGAAAUGUAUGGUUUAACCAGUCUAAUCCAUAACCCAAAAAUAAAGACUUUCUAUCCUGAUGUGACUAAAUUUAGAUGUUUCUCCCCUCCAGUGGGACAUAGAAGGCAUAAAGUGUUGAGUGCUAAAUAUGUAUCAGCGAAAUAUGCAAAUGUUAAGGGCAAAGUUAUUAGUCAUUAA